AUGGACGUGCCCGAGCUAGACGCAAUCUCCAGGCCGACCUGGGCCCUUUGGGAUGACCUGAGGCGUGCACAGGCUGGCGACGCCUUUUGUGGGGAGAUGCGCGGCAAGAUGGAAUGCAAGGACGCAGACGUCGACGAGUACGAUGACCACGAUGGCUUACUCCUUUGUCGAGGCCGCGUGUACGUGCCAAGCACUGGACCUCUGAAGGAGACGAUAAUCAAGCACGUCCACGAUUCAAUGUUUGGAGGACAUUCAGGCGUGUAUCGCACGUGGAUGAGGCAGGCCAACACUUUUUAUUGGCCCGGACAACAAGGAGAAGUGCAGGAGUAUGUGGCACGGUGUGACGAGUGUCAGCGGGUAAAGGCAGACUCGCGUCGGCCUGGGGGACUGUUGCAGCCCUUACCCGUUCCCGAGCGGAUUUGGGAAGACAUCACCAUGGACUUCAUCGAAGGGCUACCUAUGUCCAAUGGAUUUAUUGGGUUGAUGGUCGUGGUGGACCGACUCACGAAGUACGCGCACUUCAUUCCCUUGACACACACCUACACGGCGAAGUCGAUCACACGUUUAUUUGUGGAGUACAUGAUGAAGCUACACGUGGGUUCCUCGUUCGAUUGUGAUCGAGACCGGAUAUUCUUGAGUAGCUUUUGGUCGGUGUAG